AUGGGCAACAAACACUCCUCUCCUGUGCUUCCCAAUCAAUCCCGCGAUCAGCGCAUCGGCGUCAACACCAAUUACGACCAUUCUGCACCAGUAUCUCACAUCAGUCUCAGAUAUCACAAAUCGCAGGCUCCAUUGUUGAAAUCGACAUCCUCGCAUGACACACUUUUGUGCGAGAAACCUCCGGCGCUACCUCAUAAUUAUCAUCCGAACGUCACUCAUUUGCCCCUGACACUGACAACAUAUACACCCUUGACGCCCUCGAUUUCGCGACAAGAUGCUGAGGCACGCGCAUAUAGUGCAUUUCUCAAAUCGUUCCCUGAAUAUCAGAGCACUUGGAUACUUGACACCCUCCGAAGAACAGAUUUCGCCAGAUUAGAUCGAACUGGUGAAACAUAUGUAGAUUACAUGGGUGGGGCACAACAUCCCGAGAGUCUUGUUCGCGUUCACAGCGCAUUCCUAACCGAAUCCGUCAUGGGAAACACGCAUUCGGUCAGUAAUAGCUCCAAGUUAUCAUCACGAUACGCUGACGAGGCGCGGGAUGCAGUUCUUUCAUUCUUUCGAGCCCCGCCAGGCUACACCGUUGUGUUUACAGCAAAUGCAACAGCUGCAUUGAAGCUUGUUGGGGAGGCGUAUCCCUUCAAGUUCAAUAAUGGCUAUAUCCUCGGUGCCGAUUCUCAUAAUAGCGUCCAUGGAAUCCGAGAGUACGCUUCACGUCGCGGAGCUGAAGUACAUUACAUCCCAUCAACUAGUACUGGAGGCUUCGUUCUAUCUACUGCCAAGGAUAUCUUGAGUCAGCACAGACCACAAAACACCUCCUCACUUUUUGCCCUUACGGGCCUUUCCAAUAUCACUAACGCGAAAAAUCCACUCUCAAUCAUCGGAUUUGCAUCCUCACUAGGAUACCACACACUUCUUGAUGCUGCCGCGCUGGCACCGUCAUCUGUCAUUUCUCUUUCGGAAACCCCUGUCGAUGCUAUGGUUGUCAGCUUUUACAAGAUGUUUGGUUAUCCGACAGGCGUCGGAGCCCUCAUUGUUAAGGAGUCGUUCUUAGAGAUCCUAGAGCGUCCAUGGUUCGCUGGGGGAACUGUUGAUGUCGUCCAGGUGCCAGGCUCUAUUUUUACUAGAGCGAGCGUUCUUCAUGAACAAUUUGAAGAUGGAACCAUCAAUUUCAUGACGUUACCCGCUGUCACAGACGGUCUGCGAUUUCUCUCCGCAUAUCUGCCAUUCCUUCCUCUCCGCCUCUCAUGUCUUACACACUACCUUGUUGUCUCGCUCUCUUGUCUGAGACAUGAUUCGACCGGAACUCCUGUCGUUAACAUUCUAUCCAAGCUUCCUUCCAGGAGACUCGAAUCUGCAGGAGAACAAUCUGACAGUGGAUCUACGAUUUCUCUUAUCUUCCUCUCGGCAAGUCAGCUUCCACUAUUUUACUAUCGUCAUCUUAACGAAACCUUGGACUGCAGCCUUCAGGAGAGACUGAUCCCAAACAGCUUCAUUGAACAUGUUGCGGUGUCCCGAAACAUUUCUCUUCGCACAGGUUGCAUGUGCAACCCCGGGGGUGCAGCCUCGUUAUUGGGUAUUCAAGACCAGAUGGAACGACUGUAUCCCGGUGUCACGCUCAAAGACUUUGAGCGGGUCGUCGGCCGCGAGCUUGGUGUUGUGCGGAUUAGUCUAGGACUCGCAAGCAAUUUCCAGGAUGUGUGGAAUGUUGUAAUGUUUGCAUCAUCCUUGGCAGAUAGUCGUACACGACAGGCACUCUGGGAUACUUGGACCAAUGUUCCUAUCGGACAGGCUGUGUAA